UUUGUGGUUUCCUUCACCCUCUCUCGCUCGUUCGCGCUCAUUCCCGCUCUCGCCUCGCGCCCACCGCUGCGAUUGGCUAGAUCAGGAAUAAGGCCCGCCUUAAAGCGUGAAGUAUGACGGGAGCCGUAGUUUCUUGCCUAGUGUGCACAUGCGUGCGGGAAAGAUGAGUGGAAAGCGCAGCAGGAGCCGCUCGGCUCGUGUGGAAAACUCUCGUUCGCCCGUCAACGGAGAAGCGGUCAAGAAGCGGGUCAAGCAAGAGGUUCGCGCGGAGUUUUCUGCAGCCCUGAGAGAGCCGGCCCUGAAGGAGAAGGUGACCGCGGCUUGGGCCUCCCAGAAAGCGCUCGACCACGAGGCCAUUGUCUUAGAUCCUGUUCCUUUCCAUCACUGUGUCAUCCCAAACUUCUUCCAAAAUGAGGACUUUUCAGAAGGUCUGCAAAAGGAACUUUUGAGCCUGGAUUUCCAUGAAAAGUGCAAUGACUUGUACAAAUUCAAGCAGUCUGAUGACCUGAAGAACAGUGGAGGGCCUUACAUCGCUGCUUUAAGAAAAGUUCUCUUUGAAGAGUUCCAGUCUUGGCUUUCUGAUGUAACCCAAGUGGAGCUGGAGCCAACCAUUGAUCUGUCCUGUGCCAAAUAUGAAUAUACAGAUGCCUUGCUCUGCCACGAUGACGAGUUGGAGGGACGGCGAAUUGCUUUCAUCCUUUACCUUGUACCACCGUGGGAUAAAAGUGAUGGAGGUACCCUGGAUCUGUUCAGCACAGAUGAUAACUUCCAACCGUUGGAGAUUGUCAAGUCUGUGGUCCCUUCAUGGAACUCGCUCACUUUCUUUGAAGUAUCACCAGUCUCUUUCCAUCAGGUGGCUGAAGUUGUUUCCAAAGGGAAGUGCCGCUUGUCUGUGAGCGGCUGGUUUCAUGGUCCCUCGGUGGCAAGGCCAGUGCGCUAUGUGGAACCGCUUUUGCCACGGAGCCCCCACCUCCCUCGUGAUCAUGAAAUUUUAUAUGAUUGGAUCAAUCCAGUUUAUCUAGACAUGGAUUCUCAGGCCCAGAUCCAAGAGGAGUUUGAAGAUCGGUCUGAGACCCUGCUAAAGGAUUUUCUCAAGAGAGAGAAAUUUCAGCUCGUCUGUGAGGCUCUGAAGAAGGAAGGACUCAAAUGGAGCAGCAGGGGGCCCCCUAACAAAAGGUAUUAUGACAAAGCUGAAGAGGAGAGCCUGCCAGACAUCCUGAAAAAUUGCAUGGAGCUAUUCCGCUCAGAAGCCUUCUUCCUGCUCCUUUCCAACUUCACAGGCUUGAAGCUGCACUUUCUAGCUCCUGGGGAAGAAGACGAUGAAAAGGAAACGGAAGGAGAAAUUGCUGCAGGCGGGGAUUCUUCCAGAUGCACACAAGGAGAAAGCAGCCAAAAGGAAACUGGCAGUCGGGAGUACACAGGGGCACAUGGGAGCAUCUCUGACAACCAGGUCAACAGCGAGUGUGACUCAAGUGUCCCUCUGUGUACUGGAGAGCUGAGGCAUUGGACCAAAGGUUGCUACACACUAGUCCAUGAUGCUGAAACAACAGAGUUCUCCCUAGAUCUGCUGCUCUUCUGUGGGUGUGAAGAUUGGGACGCAGAGUGUGGUGGCUUUACUUCCUACCUUGCAAAAGAUGAAGAUGAAGAGCUGCUGCUGAUCACUCCAGAGAUGAACUGUUUGGCCUUGGUUUAUAGAGACCCAGAGUCGCUGAAAUUUGUGAAGUAUAUCAACCACCGUUGUUUGAAGCAAACAGCCAGAGAGACAGAGCAAACUGGAUUCUGGGACAUUUGCUUUGUUUACUAUGAAUGACAGUUGCCACAUGGACUCAAAGAGUUGUAUAGUUGGGUCCUGAGGGUCAUCUAGUCCAAUCCCCUGCAAUGCAGGAAUCUCAACUAGAUCUUAUAUGACAGAUGGCCAUCCAACCUCUGCUUAAAAGCCUCUAAGGAAGGAGAGUCCACCACCUCUCAUGGGAGUUUGUUCCACUGUCAAACAGCUCUUGGAGUCAGAAAGAUCUUCCUGAAGUUGCGUCGGAAUCUCCUUUGAAGGCAUUGGUUCAGGUCCUAGCCUUUGGAGGAGAAAACAAGCUUGCUCCAUGUGACAGCUCUUUAGAUAUGGCUAUUGUAUCAUACCCACCUCCCUCAGCUGUUCCUCAGAAGCCCUGGCUUCAUCACCCCUCUCUGUCUGCACAUGUUCCAGCUUGUCAAUAUCCUUUGUAAAUUGUGGCACCCAGAACUGGACACAGUACUCCUGGUGUAUUUGUGCAGCUGGUUCUUCCUGCCCUAAUGGACCAGAGACAGGUUGGGAAUGCUGCUGGUCUACUUGCACUCUGUGAACAAAUGUUGUGUUGGAGGAACCUAGGACAGUACCCUGAGCAACUUCAGCAUUUACAUUGAGGCUGCAUCAAGUUCUCACCAGUCCAGUACAUAGGAUAGGGAGCAAAACCUGCAAGUGGAGAAGGUGGUCUGAGUGAGCUCUACUGUCAGAAAUCAAAUUUGCAAGCCGAAACCGUAUAGGGAAGCCAAGAUUAUGAAAAGAGAGCCUCAUUUUCAUCUAAUAAGUGGCGAUUUGGAAUGUGUAUUUUAUUCCCUGUACAGUGGUGCCUCGCUAGACGAAUUUAAUUCGUUCCACGGGUCUUUUCUUAUAACGAAAAAUUCGUCUAGCGAAUCCCAUAGGAAUGCAUUUAAUUUUUUUAGAAUAUAUUUUUUUGCCCAUAGGAACGCAUUAAUUGAAUUUCAAUGAAUUCCUAUGGGAAACCGCAAUUCACUAGACAAAUUUUUCAUAAAACGAAUUCGUCUAGCGAGGCAACCUCCGCUAGAAAAAACCUUUCGUUAAGCGAGGCACCACUGUACCAUUAUUUCAUCCUAUGAAAGGGCUGCAAAAACAUUCUUCUCAGUGGUGGGCGUGGCAACGUGGUCCUCCUGUCAUUGCUUACCACUAUGUCAUCCUUUUUCACAAGUUUGGUUACUGUUGUAUGGAAGACACACUUUUUUCUGGGAAGAGGGUCAGCCAUCAUUGUGGGUUGUUGCAUGGAAGGGCAAUGCACAAUUGUCACAUCAGGCAUGAUAAGAGUGAUUUUUAAAAUAGAACUUAAGGACACAUGUGACAAGAGGGUCACAAUAAAAAGCUGUAAUUUUAGGAUUUUAUUAUAUAUAACCCACCGUUUGACUGAAUGUGGGCCUCAAGGUAACUUUCAAAAGGGAUAUUUGAUUUUAUACAUGAAAAUCAAAUAUACUUCCCUUUUUUGCUAUUUACAAGGGUGGAUUAGGGCUCAAGUAUCAUAUCAACUAAUGAUAUAUUUAGUCAUCACAAAUUUCUCAACAGCACAGAGAAGAGGGAGCUUGAGGUCUGUUUGUUUUAUUAAAAUAUUACCGAUCUU